AUAAAAGUGACCUAUAGUUUUGUCAGUGCACUGAACAUUAUUUUAUAAGUGCAAAGUGAAGGAAACAAUGGCAGAUUAUAUUGCAAUAUGUCUUCUGCUUUGCCUCGCUCUGGCGUCAUGUGUAGAAGGGUCUGUAAAUUCUUGUGAAGAUAUUGAUCCUACGGCGUGUUCUGAGAUGGCCAAACAAAACGCAAAUUUGUGUUUUGACACUAUCCUUUCGCAGACGGCAUGUCCGAAAUUGUGUGGCAACUGUCCAAUGACUUGCUACAACUGCAACACAACGAACACUGAUGUAAGCUCUUGCAAUACUGUGACAUGUGACAAGAAUAAGAUGUGUAUGGUUAAAAUGAUACAAUCAACAAGAACUGGACAGAAAAGAUACACACUUGGCUGUGAAGCGGAAAAGGUUUGUGACGGCGGAAGAAAAAGGACAUUACAUUCACGUUCAGUGAAAAUCGACUGUUGUGAUAAUGAUCUCUGCAACACUCCGUUAGCGACGAAAACAUCUACAUCACCACCAAAAACAACAUCAACUUCAACUUCAACCACAACAACAACAACAACCCCGUCAACAACAACAAUGCCAUCAACAACAGCAUCAUCAACAGCGGUACCGACCACUGUUACAAAUCUGAAGUCCUCGGCUUGUUCACGAGAUAUCAUCAUUAUGAUGGACCAGUCUAUUCCAUAUUCCUUUGGUAAUCGAACAGUCUGCAAUUUUCUAAUGCAGUUAGUCAAAACUAUGGAUAUUGGAGUCAACAGCACACAGGUGGCAUUGUCGUCCUUUGAUUCCAGCUCUGUAAAUAGUCAUUGGGAGCUUGAUAGGUAUAUCGAUCCAUUCAGUCUCUCUGUUGCCAUCGCCACAUUGUCUCUCCAAGAUGCUGGAAUUACCCCGGACAUUUACCAACCUGUGCAUGACUUAUAUACAAAAUACGGCAUCUUGCAACCAAAUGGACAAUAUGGUGAUCGCCGGAACGUCCUGGAUGUUGCUAUCAUAAUCACCGGAAGCUUCGUCAAUAGCCACUCUCUGAAUACAGUCCGCUAUCGUUCAAAUUUACUGAAAACGUUUAUGUCUGUUAUAACUAUCGGAAUAGGAGGUGUGGACCACCAGACACUUGGUGUCAUCGCGAAAGACUCUAACCAUGCGUUAUAUAUCAACCAGCUAGCUGAACUCAAUGGAAGUAAUUUCCAAAGAAAAGUAUUGAAUCUUUUUUGUUCAUAAUUUUUGAUUGAAUAAUAACUGUACCGUUUGGUUCUUUUA